AUGAUGGGCCGGCAUAUAAUGGCGGACGCCUGCGGGCUCGCCACGUGUCUGCUGCUCCUGGCUUCUAUGGCGGCUGCGGAGUGGAUCCCACCUGGCAUCGGGUUUAACUACGGAGGGAGUGCGUAUUCGAGCAAACCAAUCUCCCACGCCUCAAUUUUCAACGCGGACGAGGCCUUCCUGGGUCAGCUCAUCAACAUGGAUGUGGAGGUGAUGAUUGGGCUGGAGAACAUCCACUUGGCCAACUUCGCGGCCAACAAGGCGGCGGCCUCGGCGUGGGUCCAGUACAAUGUUGGCCGGUACAUCUACCCGGGGGGCGUGAACAUCCGCUGGGUCGCCGUUGGAAACGAGGCCUUUGGCUCAUGGUACAACGGCGCGUAUCUGAACACGCUGUACCCGGCGAUGCAAAACAUCGCCGACUGCCUCAGGGAGCUGGGCCUGGACGGUAUUGUGAAAGUUACCACCCCGGUUAACACUGGCGACCUGGCCGCGUCGUACCCCCCCUCGGCGGGCGCCUUCAAGCCGGACCUCAAGGAGCUGUACCGACCAAUCCUGCAGCUCAUCCAAUCCACGGGCUCGCGGUUCACGGUCAAUGUCUACCCGUUCCUAGUUGCCGCGUACCUGCAAUAUCCGCCGCCGGUAGAAGAGCUUAUGUUCCGCGAGGAGCUCGGGUGGUUCGACCGGGGCUCCGGGCUGUUGUACACCAACAUGUUUGACGCCAUGCUAGAUGCCGUCUACUACGCGCUCAACGGGACCGGCUAUCCCAACAUGCCGCUUUUGGUUGGCUGGCCGACGAGCGGCCACGUGUACGCGACCGUGGCCAACGCCCAGGAGUUCAACGGGGGGGUCAUUCGCCACUGUCUGAGCGGCACGGGGACCCCCCUGAAACCAAGACAGAUCCUGGGCUGUUACGUGUUUGAGCUGCUGGACGAGGAUAAGAAGUCCACAAGCGCGGGUGACUUUGAGCCGCACUGGGGCGUCUUUGACGCGACGGGGAGCCCGAAGUACGCGCUAGACUUCGCGGGCACGGGCGGCGUGCAGGCGCUCGGCCUCGCGAAGCAGUGGUGCGUCGCGCGGGACAACGCGACCAGUGCGCAACUGCAAAGCGCCAUCGAAUGGGCUUGUGGCGCGGGGGGCGCCAAGUGCGCUGACAUCAAUGACGGUGGAUCGUGCUCUUACCCGAACACGGUUUCCGCCCACGCCUCGUAUGCAUUCAACGACUAUUACCAGCGGAACAAGCAGGACCCUGCUGCGUGCGUCUUCAACGGCGCAGCACAGCUGACAACCGUCGAUCCCUCUCACGAGUACUGCCAGUUCCGGAUCGGUACGAACAUCACGCAGGCGAUUGGUCUGAAGGCUUUCGUGACGGGCGGCGCGCGCGCGCGCGCGGCCGCGAGCGCGCUAUGUACAGUAGCGACCAUCAUGGCCGUGUUCCUCAGUGCGCUUUUGUAG